CGCCCCCUCAGCCGCGUCCCUCCCGCCCUUCGGAGGCCGGGACUGCGGCUGGGAGCUGCGGGGAGUGAGUGAGGAGAGGGGCCUGGAGGGGAGAUCGGGGCGACCACCCGAUCUCAGCGCCCCGUUUACUUCCAGGUCCGACGACAACGAUGAACGUGUCCCCGUCAUGUCUGUCCAUGCAGUGGCUGGGAGCCUUCAGGCAGCGCGGCUCCGGAAAGUUAAGUGCUGAAAACCUGAAAGUGGAUUUUACCGAGUCGGCGUUUUCUUCAAAUCUCUCAGUGAGGAUUAGCUGCCUUGCUCCGACACCUCAAAUUUCAGUCCUCUCAGAUGAAUACUCCAGGCCAGCUGUAAUUGGACAUGCCGGAAGUUUGGCAUCAUAUCCAGAUAGUGCUGAAGCUAUCAAAGACAUCCUGGUGUCUGUUCUAAGUGCAUCUGGUCUGAAGCCCUCUCUGCUGUCAGAGCACACCACCAUGCAGGGAGCUGAGAACCCUGACAGCGACCUGGAGCGAUGGGAGGAAAGCAGCAAUGGGGAGAACGAUGACGACACUGACAAUGAUUCUGUCCAUCAGAGCACUGCCUGCACACAAACAGACGUUAGGUUUACACGGCACCGAGCCUGCUGGGACAAUACAAACUGUGAUUCCUCUGGACCUGCCCUGGAUACUUUCUUUCAUCCAUGUUAUUCCAACAAGGAUCCUGCUAAUUCCUCCCUGAAUGGCUUCACUCUUUCAGACGUAUCCCCUCUGAAGCGAGACUGCUUUACGCAAGUGACAUUAACGGGAGGCACUGUCACUUCAGCUGUCGUGCAUCCUGAAAAAGAAUGCCAAAAUCUUUUCCCUGAACAAGACUUGGCUUUAACAAGGCUUCCUCCGGAUUCAACUGGUAGUAAGCCAACGGAUCUAUUUAAACACCCUGCUGCUUCAGAGCCUGCAAAAGUCAGCAAUGCUGACAGCAGCUCUCCCUGUGUGUUUUCCCAGUUGGAGCCAUUCAAUCGAACAGGUUCUGCUUCCCUUUUGAACGUAAGUGCUGUACCCUUGAAUCGUACAUUGCAGGACAUCUUUGUGCUUCCAGAAGAUGUGGAGAAGGAGAACGCCCACUUCUUUGUUGCGGAUAUGAUCAUAGCAUCCCUGGAAAAGAUGAAAUGUAAUAUCCUAAGCCAGCAAGCAGAGUCUUGGGGUGUGGAUGAAACGAGUGGGUCAGAUGGCAGCUAUCACACUGAUUCGGAGUUAUCUUCUUAUCCUGGAGAAAAGAAGUCUGAUUCUUCUGUUGCCUCCACAGACAGCGGUUAUGAAGGCUGUGGCAUGCUGAUGGGCAGCUCCUCAGUACAUCUACCACUGCAUCACGAGGCUACUGGACUUCCUUGCCCCAGUGACUCAGAGGAUGAAUAUGUCAUCAUUGAACUCGAACACCUUGAAAAUCUGUCUGUGACCUCAAAGGAAAGAUCGUCUUUUGAACCAGGCAGCAAUUCUGCUGAAGCAACAGCUCAGGAGUUGUGCAGAGCUUUCAGAAAACAGUGGUUGCAAACAGAAUCUGCAGUGCAACUGUCUGGCUGCCUGAGCUCAUCUAAACAGAGAUCUGUGAAAGAAGAGAUUCCAAGAGAGCUCGAAUCCAGUUUGAAUCUGGCUGAAGAAAUAAAGCUGCUGUCUAAAUUAAGAGGAUCUUCUGGCUGGUCCCCACCAAGAUCUCAGAUUAUAUUUAGCAUUCACCCUUCAGUCAAGAGAGAUGCGGUGGUAGCUGCCCAAAACUUUACGUGUGUUGGUUGUGGAACCCCAAUAGAAAGCAAGUAUAUCAGGAGACUCCGCUAUUGUGACUACCUGGGGAAAUACUUUUGUGACUGUUGCCACAGUUAUGCUCAGUCUGCAAUUCCUGCCCGAAUCCUCAUGAAGUGGGACUUCAAGAAAUAUUACGUAUGCAACUUCUCUAAACACCUCCUGGACAGCAUCUGGCAGCAACCCAUUUUCAAUGUGUCCUCUAUUAACAAAGCCCUCUAUACGAAAUCUAAGGAAAUGGACAGGGUGAGGGAGACACAAGAACAGCUUUUUCAUUUAAAAAAGCUUUUGAAAACCUGCAGGUUUGGUGAAAGCGUACUGAAAGAAUUUGAACGGGUCCCCAGCCAUCUGACGGAGGAGCUGCAUCUCUUCUCAUUGGAUGAUCUGGUGAAGAUCAAACGAGGGCAGUUACUGCCCCUUCUUAAAGACAUUCUGAAGAGCUCCACCUCUCACGUUGAUGGCUGUGAGCUCUGUCAAGCAAAAGGAUUUAUCUGUGAAUUCUGUCAGAGUGCAGAUCUGCUCUUUGCAUUUCAGAUUUCCAAAUGCAAAAGGUGCACAGAGUGCAAAGCGUGCUUUCACAAAGCCUGUUUCAAGGCUGGAGGCUGCCCCAAAUGUCUGCGGAUCGCAGCUCGGAGGACGCUUUCAGAAACUCCAUCACAGGUGCCUCUGUGAAACUGGAUUCCUCUGAUGGUUGCUCAAAGCCAAGUCUUCAGGUGCAUGACUGAGUAUUGAAUGAUGUUGUUUUAGACAUUACUAUUUUAAAUGCAUGUUUCCUUUAGGGGAAAAAAAAAAGAGAAAGGAACCAAAAAAAGGCCUUUAAUACCAUCCCUGAACUCUCCCUUAAGGAGUUUCAUCUUAACUGGUGACAGAAAACCUGGAUGUUAAUUCUGGGAGCAGCAUUUUGUUGCUGUUUUGUUCUUAUAUGUAAGAUCUUUAAUAUUGUAUUCCUUCCAUGUAAAAAUGAUUCUUCUCUGUAAUUAUGCAAAUAAUGUAUAGAUAGUAAACAAGUCCUGGAAAUCCUUA